AUGGAGGCUUUUUCGAGUAUUAUUCGGAAGGCGUGUCUUAUUGGCUCCUUUGAUGGGGUGAAGAUUAAAGAUGGUGGACCUUUAAUUUCACACUUGUUAUAUGCGGAUGAUGCUAUGGUUAUGGGUCAAUGGUCGGAAUUUAAUUUUCGGGCGUUGAGGAGGACAUUGAGGAUAUUUCAUUUAUGUUCGGGUCUUCGAAUUAACAUUCAAAAAUCAAUCAUUUAUGGGGUAGGGAAGAGUCUCGAAGAGGUGAAGGUUGAGGCGAAUGUGUUGGGUUGUAAACCGGGCGAUACUCCUUUCAAGUAUUUGGGGAUUCAAGUUGGAGCGAAUAUGAAUCGUAUAAUCAAGUGGGAGCCGGUGGUUAACGUGUUUAAAAAGAGACUGUCGAAAUGGAAGGCAAACGUGCUAUCUUUAGGUGGAAGGGUGGUUCUUAUCAAGUUCGUGUUAGAAAGCCUUCCAACAUACUAUUUUUCCUUGUAUAAAGCCCCGGUGGCCGUGGUUACAAAGGCGAAAAACGAUGGUGGUUUGGGUUUAAAUAAGUUAGUUACCAGUAACAAUGCGCUCCUAUUGAAGUGGUUGUGGAGGUAUCGAACUGAAAAAGAUGAUCUUUGGAUAAAAGUUAUAGAUGCGAUACAUUCCUCGGCUCAAAGAUGGGAUGAAUACCCGUCUAACAAGAAGGGUUCCGGCACUUGGAACCAACUUGUUAGGACUGGAUAUCGGUUGAAGGUGCAAGGCGUUUCGAUUGUUAACAUGAUCCGGGGAGUGGUGGGUAAUGGUACUAAUGUAAAGUUUUGGAUCGUCCCAUGGAUUUCAAAUCAACCGCUUAAGGUUUUAUUCCCGGCUUUAUUUCACCUUAAAGGUAAUAAAUGGUGCAUGAUUUCCAAAAGGAUUGGAUUGCAAAGUGACUCUGACGCUAUCGCUUGGAAUUGGAAGAAGUAUCCGAGUUUGGAUAUCGAGGUCAAAGAGGUUAUUGAAUGUCAUCGAUUGAUUUCUGGAGUUCGGCUUAAUGACAAACCAAUGGAUUUGGAACAAUGGUAG